AUGACUUACAAACCAGUUCCAAUUUCUCAAGCACUUUCAGUGACUAACACCCCUUUGAAAGGACACACAAAAAGAACACGAACACUCUCAACGUUACAGGAGUCAUGGGGAUAUGCGUGGGGAACACUUGAAACAUUAUUGUCCACAUCAAGUCAACGGUACACAAAAAUCAAACGCUUCAAUUACCAAAAGGAUGUCGACAUCGAUCCCGACGGCGCCGUCUCAUUAAUAACAGUAGCGAGUUAUCCCGACAACUUUCAGGGGAGUAUUCUCUAUAUGUGGAACAACAAAAGUAUUCCAGACGAGGUUCAACGGAAGAUCAAGAAAUUUGGGAUGAAUCAAUACUUCAAGUCUAUACCCUUGAAAGAGUGUUACAUGUCUGGCGAGACUACCCAAACGAAGAAGAACGUUUUAUCAAUACCGACUUAUUACAAAUACGAUUUAAAUGUCUCUGAAAUAGGCGUAGUAUACUCCUAUCAUAUUCCACUCAUGACAAGUACACCGAUGCCCUACCCAAUAGUAGUCUUUGACAUUGGCAUCAAGUUUAAGAGUGACCUUUCUAACUUUUUGUACUUCGAAGAUCGACUCUACGAUACUGUAAAUACCAUCAUCUUCAAUUAUCAAGUGAAUAAUAUGGCAACCAAUGGCUCUGGCGAUUUACUUGGUGGUAUUAAGACUUUAGUGGAUGACAUCAACCAAUUCUUUCGAGUCGCGUAUACUUCCCCAGCACCUAUGUACUCAACACCUUUCUUUAAUAAUCAAAUGAAAGUGAACGAGGAGAGUCUACUGAUCUCCGCGAUCCUCUCGGGAUAUACACAGAGCUCUCAAACCGUCUGUGUGACGACUUCGAGUAAAGAAAUAGUCAACGUGAUGGUCUUACUCUCCAAUUUUAGUAUCCCGUUGGUCCCCUUCUAUUCAUCUUCGAUCAUACGGACGUCUAUUAACCCAUUUCUAUCAAUCCAAUUUGUUAAGAGCGCGAGCGCACUCAAGCAAACGACUUUCGCGUUACCGACAUGUGUCGUUAAUCUCGAGGUGAACACCGUUAAGAUCAUCAACUUCGAAGAUAUCACUGCGCUUUAUGUCAAAAGAGCAAACGCACUCCUCAACGAGGCUAUUUACUCAUUGAAGCUUGUCGAACAGAAAUUGGACGCGUUUUGUCGCGUAAAAACGAUUGCGCACUGCUCCCUGUUCGACGACGCCGCAUUCGGAAUGUUGAAAAUAGAGAAGAAGAGUAAGUUCGACGCGUUGUUUGUGAUUAGACGAUUAGAAGCAACUUUGUGGUACAAAGCAAUUUCAGCGUUUUAUACACUCGAAAAUUACAAGAGCACUUCUAACACUAAACUCAUCGGACACUUGAAAGAUACACUCGACGUGGAGACUGAAGACUUACUCGUCGUACUCCAAUUCUUUAGAGAGUUCAACCCACCACUCCUCCCCUUCAUUCAAAAAAUUCUCUUUCAUUGGUUCAAACACGAGGAGAAAGUGAAGAAUGUUUUCGAAUAA